AUGCAUGCACACCCUUCGAGGGCCAACCUCGGCCACGUUGGAUGGGAAAUCGCGGUUGAUCGUCCAACACCCGAUGGUCUUGCACUUGAGGUAGAACAAUGUGCUUGCCCUCCCGGAUAUAUUGGAACGUCAUGCGAGGAUUGUGCGCCCGGAUACGAGAGAUCUGGCCGUGGACCAUACCUCGGCACGUGUGUACCUAUUCAGCAGAGACAACCUCAAUGCACCGGGCCCGGAGUCACUUCUCCAUAUCCUGGUCAUGAUGGAAGAUGUACUUGCAAGACCUAUGCCCAAGGACCUAAUUGCGAUCAGUGCCCACCGAACACGUUCUACAUGUCGGCCGGCAACCCACAAGGAUGUAUCCCAUGCUUCUGCUCGGGUGUUACUCAGCAGUGCUCAUCGUCCAGUUUCCGUCGUCAACUGGUAGAGAUCAACUACCCACGAGGAGAUCGCGAUCAACUUGCGCUUACCACCUCCGAUAUUCGUCAGCCAUAUCAUCCACCCACUCCGGCCUACGUCAGUGGCGAGCGAUCGAGUUUGUUAAUUUCAAUGAGGAUGGCCGUGAUGACGUUUUUGAAAUUUCAGGCAGUCGGCCAAGUCUUGUACUGGAAGUUACCGGCAAAGUUCCUGGGAAACAAGGUCACUGCUUAUGGAGGAACACUGAAAUAUACGUUCCGCUUCUCUGGAGAAGGACGACCCAACCAGGAUCCGGAUGUUAUCAUAAGAGGCAACGACAUUACACUACAGUACACGCAUCGCGUUCCACUCUAUCCCGACAGAGAAAACACUGUUGAACUGAAAAUAUUCGAAGACAAGUGGCAGCGUGUUGAUGGACAACAAGGAACCCGUGAGCACCUUCUGAUGGCUCUCGCCGACCUAGAUGACAUCUUAAUCAAGGAAAUCUUCGACCAAAUCGUUGAGCUCGUAGGUAUAGGUCAAAACUUUUCUUACUUUCCUACCCCAGCUACCCGCGAGGGUCAAUCGCUACAUACAUGGAAGAAUGCUCUCAAUCGUCCCUUGUCAGUGUAUCGCUCGAGUACGCCGAACCACACGGUACAGGGCUCACUGCCCUAUGAGGUAGAGCAAUGCCAGUGUCCUCCUGGCUACAUCGGCACGUCCUGCGAGGACUGCGCUCCAGGAUACUCAAGAACCGGAGGCGGUCUCUACCUUGGCCUUUGCGAACGCUGCGAGUGCCACGGUCACGCAAGUCAAUGUGACAAGGUAAGUUCCACUGAGGACUUGAGUACGGCUUCUGUGUGGACUGCCAGCACAACACUGAAGGUGACCAAUGUGAGCGAUGUAAGCCUGGUUUCAUCGGAGACGCUCGCCGAGGUACACCCCAUGACUGUCAGCCGGCCGUCACUCGUCCUCCAUGUCACUGUAACAAUCACUCUCCAAGAGGCUGCGAUUCCUUCGGGAGAUGUCUGCUUUGCGAACACAACACCGAAGGAACGCACUGCGAACGAUGGCAAGAAGGGCUUCUAUGGAGACGCCACCAAAGGAACCGCCUACGACUGCACUCCUUGCCCUUGCCCAGGAGCUGCUGAUUGCUACCUGGAUUCUCAGGGUCAAGUUGCCUGCAGGAACUGCCCAGCAGGUUUAGCCGGUCGGCUUUGUGAUGAGUGUGCCCCUGGCUACACGCGCUCGCAGAAGAUUGCUGGACGUCCAUGUGAACCGAUUGGACACGUUGGAGACAGCGACAGGACCUAUGUGCCACAACCGCCUCCCCACGAAGGUGAACCACCCCGUCGCAAUCGGCAUCGCAGACGUCGCAUCCGCGUGCGAUCGCGGUACUACCAGCACUGA